AUGGGAAGCAACCAGUCAUGGGUCACAGAAUUCAUCCUGGUGGGAUUCCAGCUCAGUGCGGAGAUGGAAGUGUUGCUCUUCUGGAUCUUCUCCCUGUUCUACAUCUUCAGUCUGUUGGCAAACGGCAUGAUCUUGGGACUCAUCUGUCUGGACCCGAGUCUACACAACCCCAUGUACUUCUUCCUCUCACACUUGGCCAUCAUUGACAUGUCCUAUGCUUCCAAUAAUGUGCCCAAGAUGUUGGCAAACUUAACAUUUUUGUAUUGGUGUUUUGCUAUUACAGAGUGUCUGAUUUUGGUGGUGAUGUCCUAUGAUAGGUUUGUGGCGAUCUGUCACCCCCUCCACUACACUGUCAUCAUGAACUGGAGAGUGUGCACAGUCCUGGCUGUCACUUCCUGGUCAUGUGGAUUUAUUCUGGCUCUGGUGCAUGCAAUUCUCCUUCUCAGAUUGCCCUUCUGUGGGCCCCGGGAAGUGAACCACCUCUUCUGUGAAAUUCUGUCUGUCCUCAAGCUGGCCUGUGGUGACACCUGGAUCAACCAAGUGGUUAUCCUUGCUGUCUGUAUGUUUGGCUUAGUUGGGCCCCUCAGCUUAAUGCUCGUCUCCUACAUGCGCAUCUUCUGGGCCGUCCUUAAGAUCCAAUCAAAGGAGGGCCGCAGAAAGGCCUUCUCCACCUGCUUCUCCCACCUCUGUGUGGUUGGGCUCUUCUUUGGCAUUGCCAUGGUGGUUUACAUGGUCCCAGAGUCCAAUCAACAAGAAGAGCAGGAGAAAAUACUGUCCCUGUUUCACAGCCUGUUUAACCCAAUGCUGAACCCUCUCAUCUACACUGCAGAAGAAGAGGUCCAUAUGAAGGAGAGAUAG